AGUAACACAAAAAAAUAGGAUCCAAUUUAUAGUUAACUAAAGGAUAACAUCUUUCAUUUCGGAUCAUUUGGAAAGUCAUGAGCGGUGGAUGUCCAUACUUCGAAGAAAGGCACUUGUUAUUCAAGAACAAGCUGCAUCUAAAAGAGGAACCAGCAGAUGACUCUCAAGAAGGAAUAAACAAGGCCAGCAAAGGUGGUAUUAUCUAUGGAAACUACCUUCAGCUCGACAAGAUUGUGACUAGCCAAGUUCUUCAGAGUGAACUGAAGGGGAACAAAAUUCACGAUGAACAUCUUUUCAUUGUCACCCAUCAAGCCUACGAACUCUGGUUCAAGCAGAUUCUAUGGGAGCUGGAUUCUGUGCGAGAGAUUUUCAUCAGUGGACAUGUUCGAGAUGAGCGUAACAUGCUGAAGGUCAACACCCGUAUACAUAGGAUUGUAAUGAUCUUUCGGCUGCUCGUUGACCAGUUUGCUGUCCUCGAGACAAUGACAGCCUUGGACUUCUAUGACUUCCGAGAGUAUCUGGCCCCUGCCUCUGGAUUCCAAAGUCUCCAGUUCCGUCUGUUGGAGAACAAGAUUGGGGUCCCUGACAACCUGAGGGUUCCCUACAACAGACGACACUACAGAGACAACUUCAAAGGACACGAGAGUGAGAUGUUGCUCAGUUCUGAGAAGGAACCGUGUCUGCUGAAAUUAGUGGAGAAAUGGCUGGAAAGGACUCCGGGUCUUGAAGAGGAUGGAUUUAACUUUUGGAAAAAACUGGAAGUCAACAUAUUUGAAGGAUUGAGUUUUGAAAAAAACAAAAUAGAGAGAAUGCAAGACUCUGAAGAGAAGGAGGAGAUGAUGGAAGAGCUGAAAAAGCAAAGGGAGCUUUUUACUUCUCUAUUUGAUGUCAAAAUACAUGAGCAUCUUUUGAGCAAAGGUGAGAGACGGAUCUCGUACAAGGCUCUUAAAGGAGCCCUGAUGAUCUACUUCUACAGGGAAGAGCCCAGGUUCCAGGUUCCCUUUCAACUCCUGUCCAACCUGAUGGACAUUGACACUCUCAUGACCAAAUGGAGAUACAACCACGUGUGCAUGGUGCACCGAAUGAUUGGCAGCAAAGCAGGCACCGGAGGCUCUUCUGGCUACCACUACCUGCGCUCUACCGUCAGUGAUCGCUACAAAGUCUUUGUGGAUCUAUUCAACCUUGCCACGUUUUUGAUACCUCGCCACUGGAUGCCUAAGCUGGACCCCCACGAGCACACGUUCCUGUUCACGGCCGAGUGCUGUGACAGCUCUUACUGCAGUAGCGAGGAUUCGGACUAGGAUGCGCCCCAGGUCUGGAGCAGCAGAUAAGCUAGCUGAGAAGACGUGCAAAAAAAAACAACCCUGAAUGAACUAAUACCAAUAAAGAGCUGUAUCUAUAUCAAAGGUUCAGCAUUACAACAUUAACAAGAUUUAGAAGCCAUAUUACUGGACUGAUUCCAGGUAAAGCCGUAAGCUCAAACAGAAAUAACUUUUCUACAUUUCGAUCUUAAAAUCGGUACCACGUAAGCCAUAUCAAUUCAAUCGAGAAAAUUGGAAGGAAAAAAAAUUAUGAAUGUAUAUAUUGUUAAAUAUAGUUAUUUAGUGUUUACAUUGUAUAUAUUGUUUUUAUAUAAUGUUUUGCUUUAUUUAACAUAUCAAUAUGAUUAGAUUUUUGAGCAUAUGCCAAAUGGAUGUAGGUUAUUCGAAACAUGUACCCUAAUGUAGAGGCUCUUGAGUGGGUGUGCCUCAGGGCCAAGCACUGCUUGUUGGUCUCAGUGGAUGCAAUAUAUUUGCAUUAUAAAUGCUAUCUGAAAGAAAUAUAUGUAUAAUAUAUACAGUAUGUUAUGGUAUAAUGACAGUAAAAGCAGCAAUUAUUAGACAACAGAUCACUCACUUUUUCAUUGACAAUAAUCAUUUUGUGUAACAUAUAAACUCAUAUUCUUGAAUAAUGUUAAAUAACUCAACAGAAAAAUCUGCAGAAUAUCUCUAAUACAGGUAACUAACCAAACCACCAGUUGCAAACCACUGCUGUAAAGAAGCCUAUUCAUAUUUAAUAG